AUGAGCAACGUUCCACCUGCGCCCUCCGCGACUUCCACGAACCCUUCCAUCCUGCCCGGUGACGAUGACGACUGGAAGCGCACUCUAAAAGCCCCCGAAAAGGACACCCGCUUCCAGACUGAAGAUGUCACGAAUGUUAAGGGCAACGACUUUGAAGAUUACUUUUUGAAGCGAGAACUCCUGAUGGGCAUAUUUGAGAAGGGUUUUGAACGACCGUCGCCGAUCCAGGAAGAAGCGGUGCCCAUCAUCUUAGCUGGGCGCAACGUUAUGGCCCGCGCAAAGAACGGCACAGGGAAAACUGCUGCGUUCAUCAUUCCGUGUCUGGAAAAGACCGACACAACAAAAGCUCACAUUCAAGUGAUGAUCCUUGUCCCGACCCGUGAACUAGCACUCCAAACUUCUGCCAUCGUAAAGGAAAUUGGCAAACACAUGGGCGUCGAAUGCAUGGUGAGCACGGGCGGCACAAGUUUGAAGGACGACAUCAUGCGCUUGUACAACACGGUUCACAUUCUCGUGGGCACUCCCGGCCGCAUCAUGGACUUGGCCAACAAGGGUGUUGCGGAUCUGAGCCAAUGCUCAACUGUCAUCAUGGACGAAGCCGAUAAGCUGCUCUCUCCCGAGUUCCAACCCCUUCUCGAACAACUGGUCAACCACACUGCCCCCGGCCGACAAAUCUGCCUCUUUAGCGCCACCUUUCCCGUCACUGUCAAGUCAUUCAAGGACAAAUACAUUGAAAACCCGUACGAGAUCAACCUCAUGGACGAGCUCACGCUCAAGGGCGUGUCCCAAUUUUAUGCUUUCGUCGAAGAGCGCCAGAAGGUGCACUGCCUCAACACGCUCUUCUCCAAGCUCGACAUCAACCAAAGCAUCAUUUUCUGCAACUCGGUGAACCGCGUCGAGUUGCUAGCGAAAAAGGUGACCGAGCUCGGGUUUUCCUGUUUCUACAUCCACGCCAAGAUGAACCAAGCCCAUCGCAACCGCGUCUUCCACGAGUUCCGGAACGGAGCGACCCGGCACUUGGUGUGCUCCGACCUGUUUACACGCGGGAUCGACAUCCAAACCGUGAACGUCGUGAUCAAUUUUGACUUUCCCAAGAACUCGGAAACGUACCUCCACCGCAUCGGGCGCUCGGGCCGGUUCGGCCACCUCGGGCUCGCGAUCAACAUGAUCACGUACGAAGACCGAUUCAACCUGUACAGAAUCGAGCAAGAGCUUGGCACAGAAAUCCGCCCGAUCCCUCCCGUUAUCGACCGCAACCUGUACUGCAAAUAG